GGUGUCAAACAGAGUAGUUCACUUGUACUGUGUUGUGAUAAAACCAAUAAAUUUUGCAUGUUAAAGUGCGAGUAGUUUGUGCAAAAUAUUGUUAAUGUGUGAACUAAGAAGCUGUCAACACGGAUAAGUAGAAAUUUUAAAACGAUCGUUACUAUCGAGUUGAUUAUUAUCAAUUUUAUUUUCACCGGCAACAACGGUUUGCUAUCGGUUUCGGUGGCGGCUGCUGUUAGCUGUUUGUUGUUUUUUUUUUGGGUCUUUUGUGCUCCGCUAUUGUGCUGCUUGGCUAGCUUGUGCUCGACAGCGCAAGAUGAGUCUGUGUGGCAAGUGCGAACAAAAAAUUUGUUUCGAGGAUGCCGUACCUUGUUCGGGGAAGUGUGGAGCGUUUUUUCAUCGUUCUUGCACUACCUUGACUAAAGCGGCGGCAAAAACUAUUAAUGACCAGGCAAAUGUGCAAUACAAGUGCGACUCAUGUCUUGAUAGCGGUGUUGAUGCUGAGAUUGCGGAGCUUCUCUUUAAUGUUAAGAAGAUAAAAGAAGAAAUGAAGAACUUUUCUGACAUUUCUGAUUUUAUCACUGACAUCAAAGAAAGUAUUGCUACUCGAAUCGACGAAGCCAUCAAGAAAGGGUUAGAAGAUGUAAUGAAGUCAUGCAGUGAAAUAUUUCAGAAAAAUAUCAAAACGGUUGUAGAGAGCAGUGUGGCCACUGAAAUUGAAAAAGCAAUAAAAUCGAAUUCACAAAAAUGUCAAAAUGAAAGAAUAGUAAAAGUAAUUAGAAAAAGAGGGACCCAUUCCGAAUCCGACGGGCUCCCCGGUAGUAAAAGACGAGCCGUUGAUACCGAUGAUUUAGAACCGAUGUUAGUUGACGAUGAAGAAAAGGACAACGUUUUUGAAACGCCAACUUUUGCGGAGAUUUUGAAAGGAAACUCAGAAAUUAAAAAUGGUCUUCAAAAUAAAAAAUUACGUGUUCAUCGUCCAAAAAUUGUUAUUAAACCUAACGAAACAAAUCAAAGUAAUGAUCAAACAAGGACUUUUUUAAAAUCGAAUCUUGACCCUAAAUUGCAUAAAAUUAAUAAUUUAAAAAAUGGCAGAGAUGGGUCCAUUAUUGCCCAAUGCGCGCCAGGACAAAAUCUUUCUAAAGUAAUAAGUGACAUUGAAAACAGACUUGGUAAAAAUUAUACUGCAAUCGUUUCGACUGGCCUACCAAAGAUGAAAAUUGUUGGAAUGAGUGAAAAGUAUGCUCCUGAAGAUUUCAUUGAGUUAUUGACCACACAGAAUGACGAUAUUUUUAUUGAACAUGUAAAGGUUAUAUCUUUUUACGAAAAUCCACGCAUCAAAUACAAUAAAUUUAGUACAAUAAUUGAAGUUAAUAAUGACACUUUUGACGCAUUGUUAACGGCCGGAAAAGUCAACAUAGGAUUUGAUAGAUGUUCAGUUUUUGAGGCUAUUAAGGUCCUGAGAUGUUUUAAGUGUGGAGAAUUUGGCCACAUUAGCACAAAAUGUACUAACAGCGAAACUUGUUCAAAAUGUAGUGAGUCCCAUAAGACUGCUGAGUGUACUUCAUCGGUAAUGAAAUGUGUUAAUUGUUUGAAAAAGAAUAAGGAGCAAAAAAUGAAUCUUGAUGUUUAUCAUGCUGCAUUUAGUUCAAAAUGUCCAGUUUUUCGACACCUGGCUGCAAUUAAAAAGGAUCGUUUGUACGAGAGUGAAUAGCAAUCAAAUGCUUGCAGGAAAGUAAAUGCUACAGAUAUAAUCUAUUUGAAUAUUGCUGGACUGACCACAAAUUACGUAUCUUUACGGCAGUUAGUGGAAAGCUCGCAACCUCUUUUAGUAUUACUUUCUGAAACGCAUAUUACUGAACCGGAAGCAUUCGAUCAAUAUUCCAUUCCAGGGUAUAAAGUUGUAUUUUGUUUGUCGCACUCUAGGCAUACUGGAGGAGUUGCUAUUUAUUAUAAAGAAUCUAUUUAUCUUAAAGUGUGCUUAAACGAGUUUUCUGAAAAUAACUGGUUUUUGGGUAUUACAGUUGAAAAAGGCAUGAAUACUGGUAAUUAUGGAAUUUUGUAUCAUUCACCAAGUUCUAGUGACCAGCGAUUCAUUCAAAUUUUAGAAAAUUGGUUGGAAAAUUUCUUAGAUAUGAGUAAAUUUAAUUUGAUAGCUGGUGAUUUUAAUAUAAAUUGGCUUGAUGAGCAGAAUUGUACACAUCUAAAGAGUCUUACAGAAUAUUUAGGUUUAACACAAAAAGUAGCUGCUUUCACAAGAAUAACGAGAAAUAGUAGAACACUGAUCGACUGCGUUUUCUCCAACAUAGAUUGCGUUAAAGCUGUUGUUAAAAGUGAAUGGAAAAUAACAGACCACGAAACACUGGUUAUUACGAUCUCAGACUUUGAUUUGGAAUCUCCGGAUGACCGUAUUAAAAUUAAAUCUUGGAAAAACUAUACACCUUCAGCUUUGUGCGAUCUUUUGGAAAGGCGUGUAAAUUUUAGGACAUUAACUGGAGAAC